AAUUUACGUAAAUAUUCAGUUUAUCAGAUUUUUUUUCUCUCUCUCUCGAUUUUUUUUUUUUUUUUUUAUGGAUUUUGAUUUCUUCAACGACCAGUCGCCAACAGAGGGAAGAACUUCUAUUGGAGCACUGUCCGUCACGUGACAACAACAUUGUAAAUAAAGGCGGAAGCAGAAGACUCAAGUGAAAUUAGACGUUUUCUCAGCGAUGCCAGAAAAAGACCCUUGCCAAAAGCAGGCUUGUGCCAUCCAAACGUGUUUGCAAGCUAACAGGUACGUGGAGAGUAUGUGCGAAGAUGUGAUCGAAGACAUGCGGCGGUGUUGCCGGACGCAUGGCACAAACUCCAUCUGCUGUUCUGGGUUUAAAGACCCCAAAGUCACGAAGCAGAAGCCCAAAACGUAACCUGCAACGCGGCUUUCGGAUUUAGUAUUUAUGUGGGACAAUGGCUGGAACAACAACAACAACAACAAAAAAACACGGAACCUACUUUUAUGAAAUAAAGUAAACAUAUGAACUGUUCCGGUCACGUUUCAUUCAUAUGAUGACAAUAAUUGUUGAGCGUUAUUAAACAGGGACGUAUAUGUUCCCCUAUGACGGGGGUGAGCAACCCACGGCUCGAGAGGCGCAUGCGGCUCUUUAGUGCUUCCCCAGCGGCUCCCUGUGGCUUUUUCAAAAAUGUUUAAAAAAUGGGGGAGGGAAAUCUAUAUAUUUUGUUUUAAUAUAGGUUCUGUGGGAGGACAAACAUGAAACAAGGAAAUACAUAUAUUUUGUUUUUAUAUAGGUUCUAUGGGAGGACAAAAAUGAAACAAACAUUCUUCUAACUAAAUAAUAUUAUAACGGCGUUAAACUUGAGGCGGCGGGUAGUGAUGGGACGAAAUGGGCCGAGGUUCCGAAGCUUGUGUCGAGUAAUGGGAGGGGCAUUUCCACAAAGCCUGUAUCGAGGUGCGCGUCAUUUCGGCAAAACCCGGAAAUGGUGACGUGUAAUGCCUCGCCGGCUGGCUGAAUCACAUGAACGCUUCGGGAGUGGUCCGAGUCCGACGUUUGGCGCGCAUUGCAGACACAGUACAGACUACGGUAUAAAUUGGUUGCAAAAUGCAGUGGCGAUCGCCUGUUAUCUUACAUUUUGUGGAUUUCAGGCUCCUCUACUUGUUACACCUGUGCGCAACAGUGCAUUAGUGUAACUUGUCCCCUGUAUGGGAACAUUUUGAUUUGGUUGCUUCCAAUAAGACAAGGGAGAAAAACUUUAUUAAUCCCCAAACACCCUAGCUGAUGCAACCCUGGAGGUCCAAAAGUACCUAUCUGAACCAAACAUCGACAGAAUGACCAAUCCAUUAGUGCACUGGGAGACACAUAAAAAUAACUACCCAAAUUUAUAUAAACUGGCACU